CACAUAAUCUGUUUUUCUAUCCAUGGCGACACUCUUUUUCCACCCACUCGCUUCUCUCUCUUCCUCUUCCUCUUCUUCUUCUUCUUCAGCUUCAGCGACAUCUCUUAGCGCUACUCAUUCUCUUCCGCAACAACCCCUAUCUAAGCCAGAAAUCCCCGCACUGUCCCGCUGCUCCUCUAGAUUACUCAAAGCCAUUCGACCCACAAGGCUCUUCGUCCACCCUGUUUUGCUCUUCACCGGCGUUGAUAGCCCUUUGGAUACCCAAACUUUCCUUGCCACUAUCAGUGUCUUGGCCGCCAUUGCUCUUUCUCUUGUUCUUGGUCUCAAGGGAGACCCUGUUCCGUGUGGGCGGUGCGCCGGCAAUGGUGGCACAAAAUGUGUCUUCUGUAACAAUGGUAAGAUGAAGCAAGAGAUGGGCUUGAUUGAUUGUAAGGUGUGCAAAGGUGCAGGAUUGAUAUUAUGCAAGAAAUGUGGAGGUUCUGGAUAUUCUAGACGGCUAUGAAAUUGGUCUGAGAUUUUUUUUUUUUAUUUGAUUUUCUCGAUCCUUCUAUUUUCAGUCUGUAAGAUUUUGCCCUGGCUUUAUUUUUUGUUCUUGUCCAGAUCCUUUUUUUUCUUUUUGGGUCUAGUGCCCUUGUUUAACUUAUUAGAAAUUGGUGACGGAGUAAGGAAUUAAUGAAAAGUUGUAAAUUCUGAUGUAACGUUUUCUUUCCAUUUUAGAUGAUUAUCUAAUGAUUAUUAUCUUCUUACUAGAA